AUGAGAGCAUUCGGGUUUCGUGUGAUGCACUGUGCACAUUUGCUAGUUUCGGGCGGGGCAAGCACUGUUUUUGGCCCCCCUCGUUCCACUAUGGAUGACAGGGGCUGGUAUGCUUCUCCUUUUUCAUGUUCCUUGUGGGGAAUCGCCUUCCACUGGAUGAUUCUGGACCCCUGUGCACAGAAUGGGCCAGUGUUGGCUCACACAGAGGUUCCAGGGGUCUUGGAGUUGUUGCUAGCCAUUGGAACGAACCGGUUCUCGUUGAAUGACUUUGUGAUGCACGCAUCUUUUGGCUAUUUCUAUGGCCACCCGUGUGCUGUAGUGUCGGACGUUUUUCUGACAUUCUUUGGAUGA